AUGGGGAACCGAUGCCAGCCUUUCUUCCUCUCUCCCUACCAGUUAGUUCUGUGUAGAGGGGAUGAGGGGGAGGGGACGAAGUGGUCGGGAAAGAAGACAACAGUGGUGUUGUGAGCCCAUUUCUCAGAUCAAGGACCGGCCCAUCUUACUACCUCCAAGAGUGCUUUUCUCUCUAACAAAAAAUUACAAUAUUUAACAAAACAUCUACUUUGAAAACCGGGCGAGGCCAGGCGUGGUGGCUCAGCCUGUAAUUCCGGAAUUUCGGGAGGCCGAGGCAGGCAGAUUCCUUGA